UAAGUUAUUGUAAAGUUGGUAUCACGCAAUCGACUUUCAAUUGUGUCAAAAGUGUUUACUGUUCAUAAAGUUGUUGUUUUUGUGGUCGGACGUAAACAAGAACUGAAGCAAAAUGGGGAAAAGACAGCACCAAAAAGAUAAGAUGUACAUUACCUAUACAGAAUGGACAACUCUGUAUGGAGGAAAACGAUCCGGUCCAGAAACGUCUAAUUUCAGACGAUUACCAUUUGAUCAUUGUUGCUUGUGUUUGCAGCCAUUUGAACACCCUUAUUGUGAUCAGGACGGGAACGUUUUUGAGCUGCAGGCAAUCGUUGAUUUCAUAAAGAAGUUUAAAUGUAAUCCUGUUACAGGAAAGCCAUUGGACCCAAAAAGUUUAGUCAAGUUGAAUUUUCAUAAAAAUGCCAAGGGUGAAUACCACUGCCCUGUUUUGUUUAAGACUUUUACAAAGCAAUCGCAUAUUGUCGCUAUAGCUACAACAGGAAACGUCUUUUCCCAUGAGGCAGUGGAACAGUUAAACAUCAAAGCCAAAAACUGGAAGGAAUUGUUGACUGAUGAGGCUUUCCAGAGGAAGGAUAUAAUUACUAUACAGGAUCCCAACAACCUUGAAAAAUUUAACAUAGCAGAAUUUUACCAUGUUAAGAAAAAUCUGAGUGUGGAAGAUGAAGAUCCAGACGAUGACCCAUCAGCACGCCUGAAAACUGUAAAUGCUGAAACACAGGCAAUUUUGGAUGAACUGAAUCGUGAAUACAAGGCACCUGAAACUAAAGUAGAAGAAAAGAAAGUUGCUGACAAAUUUAAUGCGGCACAUUACUCUACUGGUGCAGUGGCUGCAGGCUUUACUUCAACUACUAUAGCACCAACAACAGUACAUGAAGCUGCUAUUAUUGAUGAAGAUGUAGUACGUUAUGAGCGUGUUAAGAAGAAAGGUUACGUUCGGUUAGUAACAAAUCUGGGACCAUUGAACUUGGAACUUCAUUGUGAUAUGGUGCCAAAAGUUUGUGAAAACUUCCUGAAACUGGCCAACCGUGGUUAUUACGAUGGCACUAAGUUUCAUCGAUCUAUUCGUAAUUUCAUGAUACAAGGAGGUGACCCAACAGCAACUGGCCAAGGUGGUGAAUCUAUUUGGGGAAAGCCAUUUGAAGAUCAUUUUAAACCAAAUCUCCAGCAUACUGGUAGAGGAAUACUGUCAAUGGCAAACUCAGGCCCAAACACAAAUGGAUCACAGUUUUUUAUCACAUACCGUUCUUGCCGGCACUUAGAUGGUAAGCAUAGUGUCUUUGGAAGAGUUGUUGGUGGACUUGAUACUUUGACUGCUAUGGAACGCAUUGAAACGGAUAACAAAGACAGACCAAUUGAAGAUAUUAUUAUUGAAAAGGCACAAGUAUUUGUUGACCCUUACCAAGAAGCAGACGAACAGCUGAUUGCUGAGAGAGAAGAAGAAGCCAGAAAGGCAGAAGCCGCAGCUAAAGAGCUGAAGAAAAAAUCAGCAGGUGGGAAUCUUAAAGUCUUCAGAGAAGGUGUUGGUAAAUAUAUCAACAUGGAAGAAAUUUCAAAGAAUGAUGCUGCAGAAAACUCUGGGGGUCCUCCAAAGAAGAAGAAAAACAUUGGUUAUAGUUUUGGUGACUUCAGCAGUUGGUGAUCCAGCAGUUGGGAUUUAUCCAUUAUGACAUGGGCACAAUGGAUUAAAGCAGUAAUGGGUUGGAGACAGGUGGAUCAUUUGUACAGUAUGCACCGAAGCUCACUCUGAGAGAUGGGUCCAACACUCUUUGUAAGGACAAUUUAUGAGCAAAAAUGUUUUAAAUGUUUUGACUUCAAACAGCAGAGGUGUUCUGUUUUCCCCUGUAGUUUUCAUGCUCUUUUUUACAAUCAUAUGAUUUGUGUAAAAUAUUUAUUUUCUGUUUAUGUGUAAAUAAAAAUGAAAUGUUACUUGUUUUGAA